AAUAGCCGCCAUGGUAGCUGAAACGGCAACGGAAUGGCUUCUUCAGUCUCUGCUUCGCGUCUCCGUCUGUCAUCUUCAACUCAGUUUCUUCACCAUUCUAACAAUGUAGUCCGCCAUGGAUUUCCUUCUCAACGGCCGGUGAAUCUAUCUUUCUCGUCUUCUGCUUCAUCUUCAGGAUUUGGUAUUACUACUAGUACUACUACUGGACUUGCAAUUGAGACGAGGAAAGAGCGUUCGUCGUUUGCUGAAACGGCAGCUGUUAAGCAUUUGAUUGGAUCUCUCACCAAAACGGAGGGCCUGCGCUUUGCUGUCGUUAUAGCCCGUUUUAACGAACUUGUGACGAAGAAGCUUUUGGAGGGAGCUUUGGAAACUUUCCAGAGAUAUUCGGUGAAAGAAGAAGAUAUUGAUGUUGUCUGGGUUCCUGGCUGCUUUGAAAUUGGUGCUGUUGCAGAGAGACUAGGGAAAUCACGAAAUUACCAUGCAAUUUUAUGUAUUGGAGCUGUGAUAAGGGGUGAUACAUCCCACUAUGAUGCAGUUGCCAAUUCCGCAGCAUCUGGAGUACUAUCUGCUGGUCUUAAUUCAGGAGUUCCAUGCAUAUUUGGCGUUCUAACAUGUGAUGACAUGGACCAGGCUUUAAAUCGAGCUGGGGGAAAGGCUGGGAACAAGGGCGCUGAGGCUGCUCUGACAGCUAUUGAGAUGGCAUCCCUUUUUGAGCACCAUUUGAAGUAGUGAUCCUGCUGUGACAAAGAAAUCUGAAUCAGUCCCUUUGUCUUGAAAUGUCUUCUUUUCCUUUGUUAGAUGGAACAUCAAAUUGAUCUCCGGCUAGUUGUUUUAAAAUUGGAUUGAGACUACCUAGACAAAGGAAGAGAACAUGUUUGAUGUUGUGAAUCAUAUCAUAUGAUUAUUAGUUAUGUACUCUAAUCAGCUCAGCUCCGGCCUGUACUCAAUAAGCUACUGCUUCCACACAUGAAAUAAGAAUUUUGCGCUGUAAUUUCGUAUUUUAA